UGUGAGGAGUGCAAGGAGUAUUUCUUGGAGGAAUGCCCCACCCAUGGUCCUCCAGUCUUUGUGCCAGACACAUCAGUGGCACUGGGGGUGCCCAACCGGGCUGCCCUCACGGUGCCCUCUGGAAUAGAGAUCGUCCAGGAGGAGGAGGUGGAUGUGUGCUGCAUAGAUGCGGGCAUCCCCAAGGGGGCGCUCUUUGGCCCAUAUCAGGGGGAGCUGGUGUCUAAAGACUAUUCCGCAGGGUUUUUCUCCUGGAUGGUGAGUUGAGCAUUAUCCCACUCUCCAUGGUGCAGGGACUUUUCCUGAACUAUUAAUAAAUAAGUAUUUCAUUAUUUGUCAACAUUUAUAAGCAUUUAUAAUGGCUUAUUCAUUUAAUUCGUGUUUAUUUAUUAAUUAUAAAUGUGUUACCAGUGGUCCUAACCCAUCUGUUUGUAUGUUAUACAUUUGUAGCCACAUCAGUGUGAUAAAGGCUUAAAAGGGUCAGGGAUCUUUCUCCAGGGAACGUAUCUCAUCCUUGAGCUGUCAUCCGUUUUCUAAACAUCACACCAUUCUGCAACUGCUGAUGUUUUUCAUCCUUACUCUCAAAUCUCUUAGAUCGUCGAUGAAAACAACACAUACAAAUCCAUUGAUGGCAGUGAUGAAACUCAAGCUAACUGGAUGAGGUAUAAUUUAGUAAUAAUGUUGAUCAUCAAUAAGCCUCUCAGUUUUGAGAAUAGAAUUGAACAGAAACUGAUUAACUUCAUCAGCUGUGAAUCUUUGACAUCAGUGUUGAGCAUUCAAAGAAUGUGAGAGGACACCCUAAAUAAGGUGUGGGAAGAUCAGGUAUAAUUUAAUCUGUUGACUGUAUGUGCAUUGCUUUAAACAUGUUGAUGCUACAACCUGUUGUAUUAAGACCUUAUGCGACUGACAGAUAUUUAUGGAUUUUUGUUCUUAUAUUCCAGGUAUAUACGGAAUUCGUCGGAUGAGAAUGAGAGGAACCUGACUGCGUUCCAGCAUGGAGAGCACAUAUAUUUCCGUGUAUGCCGACAGUUGUCGACGGGAGAUAAACUCCGUGUGUGGUACAGCGAUGACUACAUGAGGCGGUUGCACAGUGUCUCGCUGGACAGCAUUGACCGCAACCUGGAUACAGGUGAGACGCCCCCCUGAAAUGUAUUUCAAUUUGCCUCAUGUGGCUGCUCAAUAUGACUGACUCCAUCGCUAGGAAAACUAGUGUUAUUUGUGUUCCAUUGACUUCUUUUGGAACGAUUAAGACGGCCAGUGUUGAUCGAGGGAGGUUUCAAAUUCAAACACUGCACAAUGUUUUUCUACUUUUUCAUUGCUAUUUGAAUCUUGGAUGGAUGCAAAACCUGUCUGUCAGUGCAAUGAUUUAAUCUGAUGCUCAAGCUCAGUUCAUUGACCCAUUAUUUUAACACCCAUUGAAAAGUUUGUCUUAAACUACAAUACACAAUUCAGUUAAAUUCAAAGCGCAAAUGAAGGCCAGUUAAUAUCUAUAUUCCUUUAGCAUCCUGGGAUGACAACUUCUCCACGUGAUGGUUCUAUUGCUAAGAGUUUGACUCUUAAGGUAGAUUUACUUCUAGCCGACCCGGAAGAGUUAAGUAUUGUCGCUUAUAUGUGAAUUGAAUUCGGAGCAUGUCAGGAGCAUUUCGGGAGUGCGUUGGUUGAAAUUCUCCCUGAGAAUCUGAUUGUCUAGUCAGUUCGAGCCAAUCACCAUAGAGCACGGUGCGUUCCCAAUGGUACCCACAUGGACUGAAAUCGCAUGCAGUGAUGAAUUUGAUGAAAUCCAGGCAAUAUCAUCAUUUUCUUUAUCCGGAAAAUGUUGUAUCUAUAAACAGCGCAACGCAUCAGAUUAGGGGAGACCGGGCUGUGUCAUUUUUUACUGGUGUGUAUUUCGCAACACCAGUACACCUACAGGCUAUCUUAUGAGACUCUUUUCAACAUUAUUAGAAAGACCCAAGGUCUUGAGUUCCCUUUUAUCCUUAUAUCUUAUUCCAAAAUGGGAGUUAUUUCCUAUCAAACACACUGUCCACUUGAAAUGAAGAUAUUAAUGUAGCAUACAAUCUUAGAAAUAGUCUGUCUAUUCAUUUUUAUAUAACCAUCCCCAACUGAGCAUUAAGGCUAGCAAAUUUCCCUAUGGCUUGACUUAGCAACUCAGAAAUACAUUUGCAGUAUAGCUCUCCCUUUCCUCUUUUCAACAAACAAUUGUUAAAAUACUGAACAAAAACAAAAAUGCAGCAUAUAAAGUGUUGGUUUCAUGAGCUGAAAUAAAACAUCCCAGAAAUGUUCCAUACGCACAACAAGCUUAUUUCUCUCACAUUUUGUGCACAAAUUUGUUUACAUCCCUGUUAGUGAGCAUGUUUCCUUUGCCAAGAUAAUCCAUCCACCUGACAGGUGUGGCAUAUCAGGAAGCUGAAUAAACAGCAGGAUCAUUAAUUACACAGGUGCACCUUGUGCUGGGGACAAUAAAAGGCCACUCUAAAAUGUGCAGUUUUGUCACACAACACAAUGCCACAGAUGUCUCAAGUUUUGAGGGAGCGUACAAUUGGCAUGCUGACUACAAGAAUGUCCACCAGAGUUGUUGCCAGAUAAUUUUAUGUUAAUUUCUCUACUAUAAGCCGCCAUCAACGUCAUUUUCAAGAAUUUGGCAGUACAUCCAACUGGCCUCACAACCACAGACCAUGUGUAACCACGCCAGCCCAGGAUCUCCACUUCCGGCUUCUUUACCUGCGGGAUCGUCUGAGACCAGCCACCCGGACAGCUGAUGAAACUAUGGGCUUGCACAACUGAAGAAUUUCUGCACAAACUGUCAGACACCGUCUCAGCGAAGGUAAUCUGCAUGGUUGUCGUCCUCACCAGGGUCUUGAACCGACUGCAGAUCGGCGUCGUGACCGACUUCAGUGGGCAAAUGCUCACCUUCGAUGGCCACUGGCACGCUAGAGAAGUGUGGUCUUCAUGGAUGAAUCCUGGUUUCAACUCUACUGGGCAGAUGGCAGACAGUGUGUAGGGCGUUGUGUGGGCGAGUGGUUUGCUGAUGUCAACGUUGUGAACAGAGUGCCCGUGGUGGUGGGGUUAUGGUAUGGGCAGGCAUAAGCUACGGACAACAAACACAAUUGCAUUUUAUCGAUGGCAAUUUGAAUGCGCAGAGAUACCGUGACGAGAUCCUGAGGCCCAUUGUCGUGCCAUUCAUCCGCCGCCAACACCUCAUGUUUCAGCAUGUUGUAAGGAUCAUGUCUCAAGGAUCUGUACACAAUUCCCGGAAGCUGAAAAUGUCCCAGUUCUUCCAUGGCUUGCAUACUCACCAGACAUGUCACCUAUUGAGCAUUUUACUUCUUUUUUUUACAUUUUCGUCAUUUAGCAGACACUCUUAUCCAGAGCGACUUACAGUUAGUGAGUGCAUACAUUUUCAUACUGGCCCCCCGUGGGAAACGAACCCACAACCCUGGCGUUGCAAGCACCAUGCUCUACCAACUGAGCUACAGGGGACGGAUAUUUGUUUGGGAUGCUCGGGAUCGACGUGUACGACAGUGUAUUCCAGUUCCCGCCAAUAUCCAGCAACCUUGCACAGCCAUUGAAGAGGAGUGGGACAACAUUCCACAGGCCACAAUCAACAGCCUGAUCAACUAUGCGAAGGAUAUGUCACAUCAGAUACGGACUGGUUUUCUGAUCCACGCCCCAACCUUUAUUUUGUGUUGGUAUCUGUAACCAACAGAUGCAUAUCUGUAUUCCCAGUCAUGUGAAAUCCAUAGAUUAGGGCCUAAUUAAUUUAUUUCAAUUGACUGAUUUCCUUAUAUGAACUGUAACUCAGUAAAACUUUGUAAUUGUUGCGUUUAUAUUUGUGUUCAGUGUAGAUAGCCUAGUCCCAUAAUUCAAACAAUGAAAAUACCAAGAGAUAUUUUCUUUACUUUCACCUCUUAUAAAAACACACAAAUUCCCCUCACCUCAAUGUUUUGAGAUAUGAAUUGAGCAGGUGGAUGACCUCUUGCAAAGUAGCCAUACAUUUUAAUCUAACAAGUAUUAGGCUAAACAGCACCCUCUAGAUUGGGAGGAACAGACUAAGUACUGUGAAAACCAACCUAUGAAACACAACAGCCCCGGUCUCCCCUAUUCACUGUGCGGUUAUUGGCUGUUCAAUCUCCUUGAUUUAUUAGGCUAUCAUAGAUGGAUUUAAGGUGAGCAUGUUGUGCAAUAAACGAAUGACUUACAUGCAUAUAUGGUUUUGUUUAGGCAUUUUAGUUCGUCUGACAAAAGUAUACUUGGUCUGGUCUUUGGCGUCCCAAUGCAAAUAGCGUAGCCGGCAAUACACCCCUAACCAAUGUUCUGUCUAAACUGCGCGCAGCUCCCCUCGGACUGCCUCGCAGAAGAAAUAUCAGCCCUCACAGAGAAGCACGAGAUUGAACUUCACUCAACUUUCUAGAGUUUUUCCCUUUUAGUUAACACUGUCAACGUUUCGCUCUACUGUGGGAAUUGUGCUCGAAUCAAUGCAAUAUUAGCCACAUUCAAUGUAUCAUACCGGAACAAAACGAACUAUGCAAGACUUAGAAUGCUAAUCAAACUGUGCAAGAGAUUUUCUUGUAGGAAAAGCGCAUUGGAGUAGGAUUCUAUUGCAUUGACAGACACAACUCAGGCCUGUACUCUACACAGACCGGUGCACCAUAACCAAUCAGAGCUGCAGUAGGCCUAUAUGCAAAUAGCCAUUGCCAUAUAUGGAUCUGCCAUUGACUUUGAACUGGACUGUGUUUACAGCAUGAGCGGUCGUAAGUAGAAGCGCUUGUUUUGCGAUCAAAGCUAGAGCUGCAUGUAGCCACCUGUGCACGUGUUCAUAUUCUCUGCUAGUUAGUGAGUUAUUAUCCCAGUUAUAGCUCAUUUCUAGUCAACAAUGGGGAGGAGUGAUUGCUUCCUACAAGAGCACAACAUGUGUGCAUUUCUAGCCAUCUUUGAAAAGCUAGUCAAGUAAAGAGCUUUUUCUAUGUCUUAAAGGGGCAGUGUUGUAUUUUGUGACAGGCUUGAAUAAGCUAAGUAGCCAAUAGGCAGAGGUUAGCAUAAUUAGUCUGAUUCUCUGUAAUAAUGGUAUGGGAAUAAGAAUGAAUUUUAUUUCGUAAAGUGGUUUCUUGCAUCAAACAGAACAUUUUGUCUGAAGGACAAGUGGAUAAACAGGUUAAUGUCAAGCCCUGCAUGUUUUUUUCAAAAGUCUCAUGGAAUGUAGGCCUAUAUUGAACACCACACAUUUGCUGCUACUGUAGGCUGAAUGAUAGAACGGCUAUUUCCAUGUUAAAAUAUUAUGGGAUGCAUUUUUCUUCAUAGUUUUUUAUGAUAGGCCACUCUGGUAGGCCUACAUUAUGAUAAAAUAGCCACAGUAGGCUACUUGGCCACUGUUAAAACUGUAACUUAAAGCGUGUACAGCCUCAGUGUUCACUCAGUAAACUCACGCUGGAAGUUGCACAGAAUUUUGACAACGUUCACGUUUACGCUCAGCAGACCUGAAAUUUGCUCAGUGACAAAAAAAAAUCAAGGGAACAUUGCUCCUAACCACCCGCGACCAGCGAGUACAUAAAACAUCCUCCAUUCAGGCUGCAAAAGCAUCGGUUUCCUCCUUAACUACAGUGGCUUGCGAAAGUAUUCACCCCCUUGGCAUUUUUCCUAUUUUGUUGCCUUACAACCUGGAAUUAAAAUAGAUUUUUGGGGAGUUUGUCACGGAUUCUGCCGAGGCUGCUCCUCCUCCUUGCUCGGGCAGGCUUCGGCGUUCGUCGUCCCCGGAGUACUAGCUACUGCCGUUCGAUGUUAUCGGUGUUUGUUUAGUUUUGUCUGUAUUGUUUACACCUAUUCGUCAUUAUGUUUGAUUGUUUCUCUUAUACAGUGGGGGAAAAAAGUAUUUAGUCAGCCACCAAUUGUGCAAGUUCUCCCACUUAAAAAGAUGAGAGAGGCCUGUAAUUUUCAUCAUAGGUACACGUCAACUAUGACAGACAAAUUGAGGGGAAAAAUCCAGAAAAUCACAUUGUAGGAUUUUUAAUGAAUUUAUUUGCAGAUUAUGGUGGAAAAUAAGUAUUUGGUCACCUACAAACAAGCAAGAUUUCCGGCUCUCACAGACCUGUAACUUCUUCUUUAAGAGGCUCCUCUGUCCUCCACUCGUUACCUGUAUUAAUGGCACCUGUUUGAACUUGUUAUCAGUAUAAAAGACAACUGUCCACAACCUCAAACAGUCACACUCCAAACUCCACUAUGGCCAAGACCAAAGAGCUGUCAAAGGACACCAGAAACACAAUUGUAGACCUGCACCAGGCUGGGAAGACUGAAUCUGCAAUAGGUAAGCAGCUUGGUUUGAAGAAAUCAACUGUGGGAGCAAUUAUUAGGAAAUGGAAGACAUACAAGACCACUGAUAAUCUCCCUCGAUCUGGGGCUCCACGCAAGAUCUCACCCCGUGUGGUCAAAAUGAUCACAAGUACGGUGAGCAAAAACCCCAGAACCAUACGGGGGGACCUAGUGAAUGACUUGCAGAGAGCUGGGACCAAAGUAACAAAGCCUACCAUCAGUAACACACUAUGCCGCCAGGGACUCAAAUCCUGCAGUGCAAGACGUGUCCACCUGCUUAAGCCAGUACAUGUCCAGGCCCGUCUGAAGAUUGCUAGAGUGCAUUUGGAUGAUCCAGAAGAGGAUUGGGAGAAUAUCAUAUGGUCAGAUGAAACCAAAAUAUAACUUUUUGGUAAAAACUCAACUCGUCGUGUUUGGAGGACAAAGAAUGCUGAGUUGCAUCCAAAGAACACCAUACCUACUGUGAAGCAUGGGGGUGGAAACAUCAUACUUUGGGGCUGUUUUUCUGCAAAGGGACCAGGACGACUGAUCAGUGUAAAGGAAAGAAUGAAUGGGGCCAUGUAUCGUGAGAUUUUGAGUGAAAACCUCCUUCCAUCAGCAAGGGCAUUGAAGAUGAAACGUGGCUGGGUCUUUCAGCAUGACAAUGAUCCCAAACACACCGCCCGGGCAACGAAGGAGUGGCUUCGUAAGAAGCAUUUCAAGGUCCUGGAGUGGCCUAGCCAGUCUCCAGAUCUCAACCCCAUAAAAAAUCUUUGGAGGGAGUUGAAAGUCCAUGUUGCCCAGCGACAGCCCCAAAACAUCACUGCUCUAGAGGAGAUCUGCAUGGAGGAAUGGGCCAAAAUACCAGCAACAGUGUGUGAAAACCUUGUGAAGACUUACAGAAAACGUUUGACCUGUGUCAUUGCCAACAAAGGGUAUAUAACAAAGUAUUGAGUAACUUUUGUUAUUGACCAAAUACUUGUUUUCCACCAUAAUUUGCAAAUAAAUUCAUAAAAAAUCCUACAAUGUGAUUUUCUGGAUUUUUUUUCUCAAUUUGUUUGUCAUAGUUGACGUGUACCUAUGAUGAAAAUUACAGGCCUCUCUCAUCUUUUUAAGUGGGAGAACUUGCAAAAUUGGUGGCUGACCAAGACAAAGGAGAUGAUUGUGGACUACAGGAAAAAAAAAGAGGACUGAGCACGCCCCCAUUCUCAUCGACGGGGCUGUAGUGGAACAGGUUGAGAGCUUCAAGUUCCUUGGUGUCCACAUCACCAACGAACUAUCAUGGUCCAAACACACCAAGACAGUCGUGAAGAGGGCACGACAAAGCCUAUUCCCCCUCAGGAGACUAAAAAGAUUUGGCAUGGGUCCUCAGAUCCUCAAAAAAUUCUACAGCUGCACCAUCGAGAGCAUCCUGACUGGUUGCAUCACCGCCUGGUAUGGCAACUGCUUGGCCUCUGACCGCAAGGCACUACAGAGGGUAGUGCGUACGGCCCAGUACAUCACUGGGGCAAAGCUCCCUGCCAUCCAGGACCUCUAUACCAGGCGGUGUCAGAGGAAGGCCCUCAAAAUUGUCAAAGACUCCAGCCACCCUAGUCAUAGACUGUUCUCUCUGCUACCGCACGGCAAGCGGUACCGGAGUGCCAAGUCUAGGUCCAAAAGACUUCUCAACAGCUUCUACCCCCAAGCCAUAAGACUCCUGAACAGCUAAUCAUGGCUACCCGGACUAUUUGCACUGCCCCCCCACCCCAUCCUUUUUACGCUGCUGCUACUCUGUUAAGUAAGUAUUUAUGCAUAGUCACUUUAACUCUACCCACAUGUACAUAUUACCUCAACUACCUCAACUAGCCGGUGCCCCCGCACAUUGACUCUGCAACGGUACCCCCCUGUAUAUAUAGCCUCCCUAAUGUCACUUUAUUUUACUGUAUAUAUAGCCUCCCCACUGUCACUUUAUUUUACUUCUGCUCUUUUUUUCUCAACACUUUUUUUGUUGUUGUUUUAUUCUUACUUUUUUUUGUUUAAAAUAAAUGCACUGUUGGUUAAGGGCUGUAAGUAAGCAUUUCACUGUAAUGUCUGCACCUGUUGUAUUCGGCGCAUGUGACCAAUAAAAUUUGAUUUGAUUUGAUUUGACUAAAUACUUUUUUCCCCCACUGUAUUACCCCUGUCUCUCAUCAGGACAUUGUGUGUGAUUGUUUUCCCUUCACGUAUGUCAUUUUAGUGAGCGGGUUCUUUCCUCCCUGCUUGGAGUUAUUUCUGUGUUCUUAUGGUCGCUAUCGGAUUAAAGUACGUGUCCGAGAGUUCUGUGUCCUGCGCCUGACUUCUUCAACCGCAUCUCACCGACAGCCGUGACAGAAUCACACACCACCAACAUGGAGUCAGCAGGAGCGACGGCACCGACCGGAUCACUCGAGGAGCGUGUCCUACAACAAGCAGCGAUGCUCCAAAAUCUUGGUGCCGCUAUGGAUAACGUUAUGAACACUUUGGGACGAUGGGAGAGAGGAGGUUUGCCCACACCUCCUCCAACGAUACCACCACCAUCGGCUACUCCUAUCGUCUCACAUCCGGAGUCCAGUGGGAUUCGGCUCUCGCUCCCGAGGGCUUAUGAUGGCACUGCAGCCGGGUGUCAGGGUUUCCUGCUCCAGGUGGAACUUUACCUGGCAACCAUUCACCCGGCACCCUCGGGAUACGAGAGCGUGUCCGCCCUCAUCUCCUGUCUGUCCGGCAAGGCACUGGAUUGGGCCAACGCAGAGUGGGGAAGGAUAGACGCCGCUACUGUGAACUAUGCAGUGAGCGUGUAUUCCACCUCAGACAGGGGAGGAGGAGCGCGCAGGAAUUCGCACUGGACUUCCGGACUCUGGCUGCCAAUUCGGGAUGGAAUGAUAGGGCCCUCAUCGACCACUACAGGUGUAGCUUAAGAGAGGACGUUCGUCGAGAGUUGGCCUGCAGGGACACCAACCUAAGCUUCGAUCAGCUGGUGGACAUGUCGAUUCGCUUGGAUACCCUGUUGGCUACCCGCGGACGUCCGGCGCUGGGGCCGUCCAUUCCAUCCCCCAGCACCUCCGAGCCGAGCCCUAUGGAGCUCGGGGGUGCUGGUAGUAGGGAGGCCAGGAAGGAGGCUGUCCCCUGCAACAACUCUGGCCGCCGAGGACACACGGUGGUUCGGUGUUGGGGAGGGUCUCCUCGGAUUCGAGGCAGCAGGCAGCGCACGGAUGAGUCAUUCCCGGUGAGUAAGGUCCCAACUCACCCAGAGCUCUCUGUUGUUCAUAUGUGUAUCCAAGUUAUGUUUCCAGAAGUUUCUUCUUACUCCCAGCAUAAGGCGCUAGUCGAUUCAGGCGCAGCUGGGAAUUUUAUCGAUCGCCAUUUCUCAUAUAAGUUAGGAAUCCCUAUAUUACCAGUCGAUGUGCCCUUCCCUAUCCAUGCCCUAGAUAGCCGGCCUUUGGGGUCGGGAUUGAUUAGGGAGGUCACAGCGCCACUGAAGAUGAAAACGCAGAAGGGUCAUGAGGAGACUAUACAGUUGUAUUUAAUUGGGACUUCCCUGGUUAAUAUCUCAUGACCCCAACAUUUCAUGGCAACAGAGGGCUCUCAAGGGAUGGUCUGAUCAGUGUGUGGGGCGGUGUGUAGGUGUUUCCGUAGGGGCAACGACGGUGGAGAGUCCGAACCAAAUGCCCACAAUGCACAUUCCUCCUGAGUAUGCCGAUUUGGCAAGCGCCUUCUGUAAGAAGAAGGCGACUCAAUUACCACCUCAUCGACAGGGGGAUUGUGCGAUAGACCUCCAGGUUGGCGCUGCGCUCCCUCGCAGCCAUGUGUAUCCUCUGUCUCAGGAGGAGACGGCUGCUAUGGAAACAUACGUCGCCGAAUCCUUGAGACAGGGAUACAUCCGGCCAUCCACUUCUCCUGCGUCCUCAAGUUUCUUUUUUGUGAAGAAGAAGGAUGGAGGUUUGCGCCCGUGUAUUGAUUACCGUAGUCUCAAUCAGAUCACUGUUAAAUACAGUUAUCCUCUCCCUCUUAUUGCGAGUAUGACGGAGUCAUUACACGGAGCGCGCUUCUUCACAAAAUUGGAUCUCAGGAGCGCUUACAACCUGGUGCGCAUUCGGGAAGGAGAUGAAUGGAAAACAGCAUUUAGUACCACCUCGGGUCACUAUGAGUACCUCGUCAUGCCAUACGGUCUAAUGAAUGCUCCUUCAGUCUUCCAAUCAUUAGUAGACGAGAUUUUCCGGGAUUUACAUGGACAGGGGGUAGUGGUGUAUAUUGAUGACAUUCUGAUAUACUCCGCUACAUGUACCGAGCAUGUGUCCCUGGUACGUCGGGUGCUGGGUAGACUGUUGGAGCAUGAUCUGUAUGUGAAGGCAGAGAAAUGUCUGUUUUUCCAGGAGUCCAUCUCCUUCCUGGGACACCGGUCCAACUACAGUAAAGGAGGUGCAGCGUUUUUUGGGUUUUGCCAAUUACUACCGGAGGUUUAUCCGGGGUUUUGGACAGGUAGCAGCUCCCAUUACCUCCCUGCUAAAGGGGGGCCCGGUGCGUUUGCAGUGGUCGGCUGAGGCGGACAGGGCGUUUAGUCAUUUGAAGGACCUGUUCACCUCAGCUCCGGUGCUGGCACAUCCGGAUCCCUCUUUGGCGUUCCAAGUCGAGGUGGAUGCGUCCGAGGCGGGGAUCGGUGCUAUACUGUCUCAGCGCUCGGGCACGCCUCCAAAACUACGCCCCUGUGCUUUCUAUUCUAAGAAGCUCAGUCCGGCGGAACGCAAUUAUGACGUGGGGGACAGGGAGCUGCUAGCUGUGGUCCAGGCCCUGAAGGCGUGGAGACAUUGGCUUGAGGGGGCUAACCACCCUUUUCUCAUUCUGACUGACCAUCGUAACCUGGAGUACAUCCGGGCAGCGAAGAGACUGAACCCUCGUCAGGCUAGGUGGGCCAUGUUUCUUGCCCGGUUUGUCUUUAAGAUCACGUAUAUCCCAGGGUCACAGAACGUUAAGGCAGACGCCCUGUCCCGACGAUAUGACACAGAGGAGAGGUCCAUUGAGCCCACUCCCAUACUACCAGAGUCUUGUCUCGUGGCACUGUCACGGAUACUGUCACGGGGUACUGUCACGGAUACUGCCGAGGCUGCUCCUCCUCCUUGCUCGGGCAGGCUUCGGCGUUCGUCGUCCCCGGAGUACUAGCUACUGCCGUUCGAUGUUAUCGGUGUUUGUUUAGUUUUGUCUGUAUUGUUUACACCUGUUCGUCAUUAUGUUUGAUUGUUUCCCUUAUAUUACCCCUGUCUCUCAUCAGGACAUUGUGUGUGAUUGUUUUCCCUUCACGUAUGUCAUUUUAGUGAGCGGGUUAUUUCCUCCCUGCGUGGAGUUAUUUCUGUGUUCUUAUGGUCCCUAUCGGAUUAAAGUACGUGUCCGAGAGUUCUGUGUCUUGCGCCUGACUUCUUCAACCGCAUCUCACCGACAGUCAUGACAGAGUUUGUAUCAUUUGAUUUGCACAACAUGCCUACCACUUUGAAGAUGCAAAAUAUUUUUUUAUGUGAAACAAGAAAUAAGACAAAAAAAUACGGAACUUGAGCGUGCAUAACUAUUCACCCCCACAAAGUCAAUACUUUGUAGAGCCACCUUUUGCAGCAAUUACAACUGCAAGGCUGUUGGGCUAUGUCUCAUCUAGCCACUGGGAUUUUUGCCCAUUCUUCAAGGCAAAACUGCUCCAGCUCCUUCAAGUUGGAUGGGUUCCGCUGAUGUACAGCAAUCUUUAAGUCAUACCACAUAUUCUCAAUUGGAUUGAGGUCUGGGCUUUGAUUAGGCCAUUCCAGGACAUUUAAACCACUUGAGUGUUGCUUUAGCAGUAUGCUUAGGGUCAUUGUCCUGCUUUAAGGUGAACCUCCAUCCCAGUCUCAAAUCUCUGGAAGACUAAAACAGGUUUCCCUCAAGAAUUUCCCUGUAUUUAACGCCAUCCAUCAUUCCUUCAAUUCUGACCAGUUUCCCAGUCCCUGCCGAUGAAAAACAUCCCCACAGCACGAUGCUGCCACCACCAUGCUUCACUGUGGGGAUGGUGUUCUCGGGGUGAUGAGAGGUGUUGGGUUUGCGCCAGACAUAUCGUUUUCCUUGAUGGCCAAAAAGCUCAAUUUUAGUCUCAUCUGACCAGAUUACCUUCUUCCAUAUGUUUGGGGAGUCUCCCACCUGCCUUUUGGCGAACACCAAUCGUGUUUGCUUAUUUUUUUCUUAAAGCAAUGGCUUUUUUCUGGCCACUCUUCUGUAAAGCCCAGCUCUGUGGAGUGUACGGCUUAAAGUUGUCCUAUGGACAGAUACUCCAAUCUCCGCUGUGGGGCUUUGCAGCUCCUUCAGCGUUAUCUUUGGUCUCUUUGUUGCCUCUCUGAUUAAUGUCGUCCUUGCCUGGUCCGUGAGUUUUGGUGGGCGGCCCUCUCUUGGCAGGUUUGUUGUGGUGCCAUAUUCUUUCAAUUUUUUAACAAUGGAUUUAAUGGUGCCCGUGGGAUGUUCAAAGUUUCGGAUAUUUUUUUAUAACCCAACCCUGAUCUGUUCUUCUCCUCAGCUUUGUCCCUGACCUGUUUGGAGAGCUCCUUGGUCUUCAUGGUGCCGCUUGCUUGGUGGUGCCCAUUGCUUAGUGGUGUUGCAGACUCUGGGGGCUUUCAGAACAGGUGUAUAUAUACUCAGAUCAUGUGACACUUAGAUUGCACACAGGUGGACUUUAUUUAACUAAUUAUGUGACUUCUGAAGGUAAUUGGUUGCACCAGAUCUUAUUUAGGUGCUUCAUAGCAAAGGGGGUGAAUACAUAGGCACACACCACUUUUCCGUUAUUUUUUUUCACUUCACCAAUUUGGACUAUUUUGUGUAUGUUCAUUACAUGAAAUCCAAAUAAAAAUCAAUUUAAAUUACAGGUUGUAAUGCAACAAAAUAGGAAAAACGCCAAGGGGGAUGAAUACUUUUGCAAGGCACUGUAGCUUUAAAGGCUUGCCCCCUUUGCUAUGAAGCACCUAAAAAAGGAAAAUAUGUGUACUGUCUUCAUAAAACACAAUUUCCUUCACCAUGCUAAUGCAUUGUGUACAGUGUCAUGGACAUUCUAACCAAUAAGGAGAGACUUUGUUAAUUCUUCAAACAAUCAAUACUUUAUUAUACGAAUUGCAAUAAGGAAGCUGGUCGACCCCACACUCUUGAGUGUAAGACCGAGGCUUAAAAUCAUACAGAGAACACAGGGUCUUGUAUAGCAGACCUAAAAAUGCUUAGUCAUGGCUGGUUCCACCCCUCCCUGGAAGAUCAGGCAUCAUAAUCUACCUUGUUUUCUUCCUGUGGCUAUGUGUAUCGGGUCAUAGCGCACAAACAAGUGAUAACGUUACUCCUUUCCACUGACAGAAUCGUCAAAGGUGAUCAAGCCAGCCUCUGUUCACCUCAUAUCUCCACUCAGCAGUGCCCUUGAAAGAUAUGAGAAGAACAGGAUAGACUGAAGAACUGUGGUCACUCUGAGGCUCUUUGUCUUAUGCCGUGUGACCAAGUUUCUCAGAAACCCAGAUGGUUGGAAACAAUAACAGGUCGGUUCUGUUCCUCAAGCUAUUUCUAUCUUGAGUCGCAAGUUAUCUCUGAGUCGCCCCAUGUCCUUGACGAUACGCCCAGACCAGCUGCAGAGAGGGGGGAACCAUCCUUUCUUAGAAGCACAGAAUUGCAAGUUAUGAAAAUCUCUUUACCAAUGUUAAGCAUAUAGUUGUUAACUAUUGAUAUAUAGUAAACAGGGCAGGUAAAUACAUUAAUUUUCCCCCUACAACAGCGUUCAGCCUAUCCGGUUGCACCAGUCUGUUGUUUACCCCUGCUGUACACAAUGUCCAGAAGUAGCUAGACACCAUAACAUAGUGGUGGGGAAUUGUGUUUUAUUAAGACCGUAAGCAUAUUUUCUCCGUUAUUUUUCCGGUGGCCCCCCAUUCAAUCGAGUUAAGGAGGAAACUGACACCUUUGCAGCCUGGUAGGAGGAUGUUAAUGUACGAAGAAGUCGACCGGGGGACACGAGUGUAUUACCGGCUGGGCUGAUUGCGUCGAUACCGAAAGGUAAUACACAACGUCAGAAAGAGCUAUGCCCUCUAGGGGUCUUGUGAUCCGUCUGGACCACCAUUCGGGCUGGUCUAAAUUGCUAUUUGGGCCAAGGGGUGGGGACUUUCCGAUGAGUUGGUCCUGGAACAGAACCUGAUGGUUGUUGACUGUAUAUCAUUUGAGCUUUAGACUCUUAUGUUCAUAACAACGUGAAAAAUCACUACUUGUGUCAGUCUGUUCUCCAAACAGCUUGUAUUUAAAAUAAUGUAUUUGGGCAGGUUCACAAAUGAGCAAACACUAUCUGUUGUCUCCAUGGGUGAAAUCAUCUGCUGUUUGACUAAAUGUAAGUUCUCUAAUACAGCCAUGAGGUUUACUGUAGCCAAUCUCAUAUUGAUGUUUAUUUUAUAUAAAUUGGAUGCCAUGCUCAUUUGAAUAAAUAUUUGCGGAAAACGCUACUGUAACUGAUGUGUAUGCAAAAUGAUAUCAGAUAACGAGGGCCAGUCCUGGUCCACAGGUCAUGACAAAUAAAUCAAAUCAAAUUAGGUACAUUUUUAUUUGUCAUUACUUUCAGGCUUCUCACACAGUGCAAUGGCGAGAAAAGUGAACAAUCAAAGAAGUGACAUAGUAAUACUAUAAAUAAUUUAAAAAAUAAACACUUAGUACAAAAGAGGCAUGCAGAUAAAAGAGAAUAUGAUCAAAUAAGAGUAAGGUAAAAUAAAUAUGAGUAAAUAGUAUCAUGAACAUUGUUUACCCCUGUACAUAGUGAGUGGAAAAACAGAAUACAAUGCAGUAGCAGCAUAGAAUUAUAGAAUGAAAUGAUGAACAGUACAGGAGUUAAGUAAAUAGGCUAGGCUAUAUACUGUAUAUUUACAUUAGUGGUGCAGUAGGGUGACAUGGCUAUUGCAUUGGUUUGGUAGACUAAAGAGAUUCCAGUCACUGUACAGAAUAUUCAUGUUUUAUUAGUCGUACAGGAUACACAAGGUAUGCACUGUCCAACACUGUCUCGACAAUGCAACAACAAUAAUUAAAUAUAAAAAUACGUACAUAAAGUAAAUGGCUCAGUAGAAUAGAAUAUACAUUUUUGCAAAAGUAUAAUACAGGAAGGCACAAUUUAUAGUACAAUAUUUACACAUACAGUUGAAGUCGGAAGUUUACAUACACUUAGGUUGGAGUCAUUAAAACUCGUUUUUCAACCACUCCACAAAUGUCUUGUUAACAAACUAUAGUUUUGGCAAGUCGGUUAGGACAACUACUUUGUGCAUGACACAAGUAAUUUUUCCAACAAUUGUUUACAGACAGAUUAUUUCACUUAUAAUUCACUGUAUCACAAUUCAAGUGGGUCAGAAGUUUACAUACACUAAGUUGACUGUGCCUUUAAACAGCUUGGAAAAUUCCAGAAAAUGAUGUCCUGGCUUUAGAAGCUUCUGAUAGGCUAAUUGACAUCAUUUGAGUCAAUUGGAGGUGUACUGUGGAUGUAUUUCAAGGCCUACCUUCAAACUUAGUGCCUCUUUGCUUGACAUCAUGGGAAAAACAAAUGAAAUCAGCCAAGACCUCAGAAAAAAGUUGACCUCCACAAGUCUGAUUCAUACUUGGGAGCAAUUUCCAAACGCCUGAAGGUACAAUGUUCAUCUGUACAAACAAUAGUACCCAAGUAUAAACACCAUGGGACCACGCAGCCAUCAUACCGCUCAGGAAGGAGACGUGUUGUGUCUCAUAGAGAUGAACGUACUUUGGUGCGUAAAGUGCAAAUCAAUCCCAGAACAACAGCAAAGGACCUUGUGAAGAUGCUGGAGGAAACAGUUACAAAAGUAUCUAUAUCCACAGUAAAAUGAGUCCUAUAUCGACAUAACCUGAAAGGCCGCUCAGCAAGGAAGAAGCCACUGCUCCAAAACCACCAUAAAAAAGCCAGACUACGGUUUGCAACUGCACAUGGGGACAAAGAUCAUACUUUUUGGAGAAAUGUCCUCUGGUCUGAUGAAACAAAAAUAGAACUGUUUGGCCAUGAUUACCAUCUUUAUGUUUGGAGGAAAAGGGGGGAGCUUGCAAGCCGAAGAACACCAUCCCAACCGUGAAGCACGGGGGUGGCAGCAUCAUGCUGUGUGGGUGCUUUGCUGCAGAAAGGACUGGUGCACUUCACCAAAUAGAUGGCAUCAUGAGGAAGGAAAAUUAUGUGGAUAUAUUGAAGCAACACCUCAAGACAUCAGUCAGAAAGUUAAAGCUUGGUCGCAAAUGGGUCUUCCAAAUGGACAAUGACCCCAAGCAUACUUCCAAAGUUGUGGCAAAAUGGCUUAAGGACAACAAUGUCAAGGUAUUGGAGUGGCCAUCACAAAGCCCUGAACUCAAUCCUAUAGAACAUUUGUGGGCAGAACUGAAAAGGUGUGUGUGAGCAAGGAGGCCUACAAACCUGAUUCAGUUACACCAGCUCUGUCAGGAGGAAUGGGCCAAAAUUCACCCAAUUUAUUGUGGGAAUCUCGUGGAAGGCUACCUGAAACAUUUGACCCAAGUUAAACAAUUUAAAGGCAAUGCUACCAAAUACUAUGAGUGUAUGUAAACUUCUGGCCCACUGGGAAUGUGAUGAAAGAAAUAAAAGUCCUCACUGCGGCUCCCUCUCCCCUGCUCGCUGCCUUCUCCCGCCUUCAGGAUUUUAGGUAAUGAGUGAACUGAAUAUGGACCCCCUCAUCCAUGGCAUCCUGGGUUGCAGGCUUUCUUCAAAUGACUCCUAUACAUUUACAUUUUAGUCAUUUAGCAGACGCUCUUAUCCAGAGCGACUUACAGGAGCAAUUAGGGUUAAGUGCCUUGCUCAAGGGCACAGACAGAUUUUUCACCUAGUCGGCUCGGGGAUUAGAACCAGCGACCUUUCGGUUACUGGCACAACGCUCUUAACCACUAAGCUAUCUGCCGCCUUGUAUCCGAACAUGCAAGUUUCAGAGUACAGAGGGUGGGUGUAAGAACAGGAGAUGUGCACAGCCGUGGUGGACCAGGUACAGAGAUAUGUUGAAACAACAACUUACACAACCAGAGUAACAGGAUUGUACACACCUAUUAUUUAUAUUAACCUUAAAGUAAUGCUAAUACACAUUUUUUUUCUAUACACAAAGAAAGAACAUUGAGUUACAUUUUAAUUGCACAUGGUCUAACACAUGAAUGUACUUAAAAGUAGUGAAAGCCAGUGUAAUAAUACAUUUAAUAAUAACAGGUAAGCAAAUCAAAUAGUCUUGUAUAAUAGCCAAAACUUACUUUGCAGCAUGGUCUUCAGAGAAAGGUCCUUGAAACAGGCCUUUCUGCCACAGUCCUGGUUGUGGGAACGGCAAGACCAUUGGACAGAAUGCAAGGUAGCAUCCAUCACUCUGUGCACUUCAGGUCCUUGACCCCCUUUAUAGCCAGAAAUGUAACCUACAAAAGCAAGAGAAGUUUUAGAAAUGACACACCAUGUUAACAUAUUUCCCUCCCCCGCCCCAUGUUAGGUGUUAGGUGAACAAUAGUUGGGCUAGUCUGUGAACAAGAGACUUGCCCUAUCUUCCAUAAUGGGCUCCGUUUUUCUGUCUGCAAUUAAGAGGUUUUGCAGAGUUGGGCUUAUAGAUAAAUGAUUUAUUCAACAUUUCUGUGGAAAAAGAACAACAUUUAAUAUGUAACUUAAUAGAACUAAACAACAUGCAAAUGUCUGGUCUGAGACAGGGAGAAGACAUGGGGCCUGUGCGCCAUGCUCAAAGUUACCACCCUACGAAUUCAACAAACUUUACGUUCCCAUGUUUAAGGCUAUGCAAAUGUUAAAAGAAAACAUUGAAAACAAACAAUUAGACGAACGAUUUGGUUCACAAACAAAACAGAAUAUUUUAGCAUUCGAUAGAAAAGCAAGCUUACCUUGGAUUUUUACAUCCACUCUGGAAAUCACAUCAACUGCUGUGGUCCCGUCUUUGCCUUUAGUUAACUGAGAGUUACAGAGAGAAUUUAACUGACCCUGCUACCCAGCACCCGCCCACUUUCAGCAACAAAUAAUCUAAUUUAAAUGUAAAUAAUACAAUACCACCUUUGCCGGUCAUUCACACCUCAAGGGACAAUGUCCCAACCAGAUAUUUCACUGGUCUUCUCUUGAGCUGAUGUAUGCCAAAGAGAAUGGUCAUAACUACAGUACUGUUUUUAUUUACCCAAAGAAACAAGGUUGCAACCCUAGAAUUGGUUUCCAAUGACGGGUUGAAAACGGCAGAUUUGGGCACUGAUAAGCGCCUAAAUUGGAACGCAGUGGCUGUAGAGUAACAUGCUAUAAAUGAUGUCAGAGUGCAGGCUCUGCGCUUCACAGCUUUGUGUGGGUUUUGACUGACAGGCGUUCUGAACUUGAGCACCGCACACAACAAGAAGUUGCCCCCAUCCCUCCAGCUAAUUGGGCAACGUUUGCAACUUUGUUGUUGUCUGAGUGAGGGAAAUUAUUUAAAUGAAGAGGACUCUAUGUAUCUUGAAAGAUGAGACGUUGAGGAUUAUAAUAAAUACCAGUUUGAUGUCGUACAAGCAAGUCAAACAUCCCAGAGUCCAAAUGUGUACUUCACAUUUCCAUUUCAUAAAAGUCAUGUCAUAUACAGUGCCUUCAGGAACGUAUUCAGACCCCUUGACUUUUUCCACAUUUUGUUACGUUACAGCCUUAUUCUAAAAUGGAUUAAAUUGUUUUCCCCCCUCAUCAAUCUAUACACAAUACCCCAUAAUGACAAAGCAAAAAACGUUUUUGAUAAAUUUUAUAAAAAUAAACAUUAUAAAAAACAGAAAUAUCAUAUUUACAUAAGUAUUCAGACCCUUUACUCAGUACUUUGUUGAAGCACCUUUGGCUGCGAUUACAGCCUUGAGUCUUCUUGGGUAUAACGCUACAAGCUUGGCACACCUGUAUUUAGGGAGUUUCUCCCAUUCUUCUCUGCAGAUCCUCUCAAGCUCUGUCAGGUUGGAUGGGGAGAGAUGCUGCACAGCUAUUUUCAGGUCUCUCCAGAGAUGUUCGAUCGGGUUCAACUCCGGGCUCUGGCUGGGCCACUCAAGGACAUUCAGAGACUUGUCCUGAAGCCACUCCUGCGUUGUCUUGGCUGUGUGCUUAGGGUCAUUGUCCUGUUGGAAGGUGAACCUUCACCCCAGUCUAAGGUCCUGAGCGCUCUGGAGCAGGUUUUCAUCAAGGAUCUCUCUGUACUUUGCUCCGUUCAUCUUUGCCUCAAUCCUGACUAGUCUCCCAGUCCCUGCCGCUGAAAAACUUCGCUACAGCAUGAUGCUGCCACCACCAUGCUUCACCGUAGGGAUGGUGCCAGGUUUCCUCCAGACGUGAUGCUUGGCAUUCAGGCCAAAGAGUUCAAUCUUGGUUUCAUCAGACCAGAGAAUCUUGUUUCUCAUGCUCUGAGAGUCAUUAGGUGCCUUUUGUCAAACUCCAAGCGGGCUGUCAUGUGCCAUUUACUGAGGAGUGGCUUCCGUCUGGCCACUAUACCAUAAAGGCCUUAUUGGUGGAGUGCUGCAGAGAUGGUUGUCUUUCUGGAAGGUUCUCCCAUCACAGAGGAACUCUAGAGCUCUGUCAGAGUGACCAUUGGGUUGUUGGUCACCUCCCUGACCAAGGCCCUUCUCCCCUGAUUGCUCAGUUUGGCCAGGCGGCCAGCUCUAGGAAGAGUCUUUGUGGUUCCAAACUUCUUAUUUUUUCAGAAUGGCAACUGUGUUCUUGGGGACCUUCAAUGCUGCAGACAUGAUUUGGUAGCCUUCCCUAGAUCUGUGCCUCGGCACAAUCCUGUCUCGGAGCUCUACGGACAAUUCCUUCGACCUCAUGGCUUGGUUUUUGCUCUGACAUGCACUGUCAACUGUGGGACCUUAUAUAGACAGGUGUGUGCCUUUCCAAAUCAUGUCCAAUCAAUUGAAUUUACCACAGAUGGACAUCAAUCAAGCUGUAUAAACAUCUCAAGGAUGGUCAAUGGAAACAAGAUGCACCUGAGCUCAAUUUCAUGUCGCAUAGCAAAGGGUCUGAAUACUUAUGUAAAUAAGGUAUCUCAAACGUUUUCUAAAAAACUGUUUUCGCUUUGUCAUUAUUGGGUAUUGUGUGUAGAUUGCUGAGGAUUUGUAUUUAUUUAAUCAAUGUAAUACAUUUCCUUGUGAACAGGAGUUGGAACCGAAAUUAUUUUCCAAUCGUUUCGUUCUGAACAUAACCAUACAUUUUCUUUGUUCCGUUCCACUUUUCCGACCAGCAAAAUUAAGUUCUGAACCGGUUUGAACCCAAAAAAAGUACAGGUUUAAAUUCUCAACAUGAAAUUACUUCACCAAUCAGUGCGGAUAGAGCAGCUUGCUAUGGAGCAUGUAAGCGAUUUAAUAUGUACAGGAAAGUCGUUAAGAGCUAAUUGUAUUUUACCCUAACAGCAUGGUUUAAUCAUAAUGAAAGACAAACACACACACUGUGCUGUCAGUCACAGUGUAGGGCGCACAAGAUGCAACUGACAUUUUGCAGGUGAGGAGAGCACGAGAGAGGAUGGAGGAAGCAUGCCUUGAAGCGCUGGGCAUUUAAUGACAUGCAUUAUCUGAAUUAGGCCCACAGAAUUAUACCUACGGAGGAGUGGCUUCUAUGGAGGAACUUUGAAUGUCUUUGAACUUCCGAGCUGGUUUAACAUUGGACCAGAGCAAACGUUAGCUAGCUAGCUAACAAGCUUGUGUGUGCAAAACAGCACUAGAAUUAAAAACACGUCUUACCUUUUUUGUAGUUAAUAAUUCCCAUGUGAAACGUGAUAACUAUAGUAUCCUUAACUAGCAUUGAAAAAGUGAAUCCAUUCUUCUCUAAUUAAACAUCUCUCCCUAAUUUCUGGACCACACUUGUAACGUCAUCAGUAGGCUACAGUAACCUAUGCUUCAGAGGGGAGGGGCAGAUAGCCUACACAUACACCCACUGGUAAAGAGUUCCAGCUGGCAGGCAGACGCUAGAAUACGUUUCUGAGUAACAGUGAGGGCUUUGCAUAUGUGUUGCGAUUUUUGUGGGCCUGGGAAAAAAAUGCCCGGAACGUAAAAGACGUUAUUAACCGGUUCCCAUGCUUUUAAAAUAACGGUUCUCUUCCGGAACUGUAUAGAUCACUUUCGUUUCAGGUUCGGGUUCUGUUCCUUAAAUAGUUGUGUUAUUUUCCGGUUUUCUGUUCUGUUCCCUGGACCGGUUCCAACCCUUGCUUGUGAACGCCUGACAUCGUAUUUUAUAACUUAGCUAGUCAUGUUGGCAAUACAACAAGCUUUCAAAUUAUGCCCACCUGACCCAGAUUGUGAUUUAAAAUGUGCAGUUUUUUGGAUUGUGUAAACAACUGUGAUUGUAGGGUUGUGUUCCAAACAAAACAACUACAAGUGUGCUUGCUCUAGUUCCUCAACGACACAGCUAGGAGAGCUCAAAAAAGCACCUUAUAUACUGAACAAAAAUAUAAACGCAACAUGUAACAAUUUCAAGGAUUUUACUGAGUUACAGUUCAUAUAAGGUAAUCAGUCAAUUGAAAUAAAUUCAUUAGGCCCUAAUCUAUGGAUUUCACAUGACUGGGAAUACAGAUAUGCAUCUGUAGGUCACAGAUACCUUGAAAAAAAAGGUAGGGGUGUGGACCAGAAAACCAGUCAGUAUCUUGUGUGACCACCAUUUGCCUCAUGCAGCGUGACAUAUCUCCUUCACAUAGUUGAUCAGGCUGUUGAUUGUGGCUUGUGGAAUGUUGUCCCACUCCUCUUCAAUGGCUGUGCGAAGUUGCUGGAUAUUGGCGGGAACUGGAAUACGCUGUCGUACACGUCGAUCCAGAGCAUCCCAAACAUGCUCAAUGGGUGACAUGUCUGGUGAGUAUGCAGGCCCUGGAAGAUUUUCAGCUUCCAGGAAUUGUGUACAGAUCCUUGCGACAUGGGGCUGUGCAUUAUCAUGCUAAAACAUGAGGUGAUGGCGGUGGAUGAAUGGCACAACAAUGGGCCUCAGGAUCUUGUCACUGUAUCUCUGUGCAUUCAAAUUGCCAUCGAUAAAAUGUAAUUGUGUUCGUUGUCCGUAGCUUAUGCCUGCCCAUAGCAUAUCCCCACCGCCACCAUGGUGCACUCUGUUCACAACAUUGACAUCAGCAAACCGCUCACCCACACAACGCCAUAGCAACAGCUCUGGUGGACAUUUCUGCAGUUAGCAUGCCAAUUGCUCGCUCCCUCAAAACUUGAGACAUCUAUGGCAGUGCUGUUAUGUGACAAAACUGCACAUUUUAGAGUGGCCUUUUAUUGUCCCUAGCACAAGGUGCACCUGUGUAAUGAUCAUGCUGUUGAAUCAGCUACUUGAAAUGCCACACCUGUCAGUUGGAUGGAUUCUCUUGGCAAAGGAGAAAUGCUCACUAUAUAUUUGAGAAGACUUUUGUGCGUAUGUGUAAUGACGCUCCAGGAGAGUGAGGAUCCAUUUGCAGUUUUAUUACAAUCUUGGUCGUACAAACAGGGUCAAUCGCCAGCAGACACAACAGUAGGGAUAAGGCAAAUCGUAAUCCAGGUACAGGCAUAAGGUCAGGGCAGGCAGCAAGCUUACAAAAAUCAGUCCAGUAAAGAAUAUAGUCCAGGGCAGGCAGCAAAGAAUCAAGGAGGGAAAAACAGUCCAGAGUAAAUCCACGGGCAGACAGACACAGGCGAAAACGCUCAGAAAUGAUCACCAGGGCUAACAAGACUUCGCAAAGAGAGAGAGUUUGAGAGCACCUAAAUAGUCUACUGAUGAGAGUCAGGUGCAACGGUAAUCAGAGCCAGGUAUGUGGGAAAUGUAGUUCAGGGGUUUAAUACUCAGGAGAGGGUUCCCUCUGGUGGUGAGCAGGAGGAACAGCGGGAGUCUCGUUUGUGACAGAGCCCCCCCCCCUGCGAGCGGCUCCUGACGCGAAGAGGCGAACGACGCCGGGGUCUUCCUCGAGGUCGGGGGGCCGGUUUCUCCGGGUGCGUCCUAUGGAACUCAGUCAUGAGUGCGGGGUCGAGUAUGUCCUCUGUAUUAACCCAGGAUCGCUCUUCCGGUCCGUACCCCUCCCAAUCCACCAGAUAUUGGAGGAGCCUGCCCCGGCGUCUGGAAUCGAGUAGAUCUCGAACCUGAUAUGCCUCCUCGCCGUCCACCAAGAUGGGUGGGGGGCCCUGAUCACUGGUCUGCUCCUCCUCCUCCGCUCUCGGACCACCAGCGGGUUUGAGAAGUGAUACAUGAAAAGUGGGAGAGAUACGAUAAUUAGAGGGUAAUGCCAAACGGAAGGAAACUGGUGUAAUCUGUUUAACAAUUUGGAAGGGACCUACAUACCUGGGACUGAGUUUCUUGCAAGGAAGUCUGAGGCGUAGGUCUCGAGUGGAUAGCCAGACCCAUUGACCUGGAGUAUAUUCGGGAUUGGGGCGACGGUGACGAUUGGCCUGCAACUUCUGUCUCCUGACAGCACGUAGCAAGUGGGUGUGAGCCUGACUCCAGAUGUCCUCGCUUCUCUGGAGCCAGUCGUUGACAGAGGGUACCUCGGUGGGUUCCCCUGACCAUGGAAAUAGGGGAGGUUGGAAGCCCAUUACACAUUGGAAUGGAGUUAGACCGGUGGAGGGUUUCUGGAGUGAGUUCUGUGCAUACUCCGCCCACAUGAGGAAUCGACUCCAGUCUGCUUGGUUCUGAUGACAGUAGGCUCUGAGAAACCGGGUGAUCUCCUGAUUGAGGCGUUCUGUCUGACCAUUAGAUUGUGGGUGAUAUCCUGAAGUGAGGCUAAUGUUGAUGUUGAGUUGUUGGAAGAAUGCUGACCAUACUCUGGAUGUGAAUUGGGGCCCCCGGUCCGACACGAUGUCCUCAGGCAGGCCAUAGAAGCGAAACACAAGGUUGCACAUGAGUUCGGCUGUUUCCAAUGCUGUGGGCAGUUUGGGAAGUGGAAUCAACCGGCAGGCCUUGGAGAAGCGAUCUAUGACAGUGAGUAUUGUGGUGUUCCCAUUGGACUUGGGAAGAUCGGUAAUAAAGUCUAUGGCAAGAUGGGACCAUGGUCGGUGGGGAACUGGCAGUGGUUGCAGUAGGCCCGAUGGUAGUUGUCUGAGAUGUUUGCUUGUGUUACAGGUGGUGCAUUCGUUAAUGAAUUUUAUUGUGUCUGCCCGCAAGGUUGGCCACCAAAAGCUGUUCUGAAGCAGGUGAACAGUGGCAGCGAUUCCAGGAUGACCGGAGCUGAGUACGGAGUGAACUUGCUGUAGCACUUUCUGACAGAGAUCCUGAGGUACAAAAGUUUUGUUAGGGGGGCAUUCGGGAGGAGGGGUCUUUUGUGAAUUGGCCUGGGUGAGCUCUGUCAUGAUGUCCCACUGAAUAGGGGCCACGAUUAAUGACUCAGGAAGCAGGGUUUCCUUGGAUUCAGUGGGAACUACACCGUCGUGUUGGCGUGAUAAUGCGUCUGCUUUGGUGUUCUUUGAACCGGGACGAUAGGUAACGGUGAAGUCAAAUCGUGUAAAGAAGAGAGCCCACCUCGCUUGUCUGGGAUUCAGUCUCUUGGCAGAUCGCAAGUAUUCCAGAUUCUUGUGGUCAGUUAGAAUCACAAACGGGUGUUUAGCUCCCUCCAGCCAAUGACGCCACUCCUCCAUAGCUGCUUUCAUGGCCAACAGUUCUCGGUUUCCGACGUCGUAGUUCUGUUCGGCUGGACUAAGUUUGCGGGAGUAAUAGGCGCACGGAUAGAGCUUGAGUGGGGAUCCGUGCCGCUGUGAGAGGAUGGCUCCAAUGCCCGUAUUAGAAGCGUCCACCUCAACUGUAAACGGGAUUUCAGGAUUAGGGUGGUGGAGGAUGGGGGCAGAUGUGAAACGUGACUUGAGUUCUGCGAAAGCCUCCUGUGCUGUAGUUGACCAGGUGAGGUGUGGUGCAUUUCUCUUAGUCAUAGAGGUUAAGGGAGAGGCUACCGAGCUGAAAUUCCUGAUGAAGCGUCGGUAGAAGUUCGCAAAUCCCAAGAAGCGUUGUAACUCCUUUAAGGUUACUGGCAGUGGCCAGUCUAGAACGGCCUUGACCUUCUUCUCGUCCAUGGCGACUCCCUCCUGGUUGAUGAUGUAGCCCAAGAAAGACGUGGAAGUCUGGUGAAAUUCGCACUUCUCUGCUUUGGCGUAUAAUUGGUGAUCAAUGAGUCGUUGUAAUACUGUUCUCACGUGUUGCACGUGUUCCUCAUAGGUGUUGGAAUAGACGAGAAUGUCAUCGAUGUAAACAAUUACCCAACGAUUAAGCAUGUCCCGAAAGACGUCAUUGAUAAACGACUGAAAUACGGACGGACUAUUGGACAGCCCGAAAGGCAUCACCAAAUACUCAUAGUGCCCAGUGCUGGUAGAGAAGGCUGUCUUCCAUUCAUCACCGUCCCGGAUGCGAAUGAGAUUGUAGGCGCUGCGGAGGUCCAGUUUGGAGAAGUACUUGGCUUUGCGGAGUUGUUCUAGGGCAGCUGGUACCAGCGGUAAAGGAUAUCGAAACUUGACGGUGAUGUCGUUGAGACCCCGGUAGUCGAUACAAGGGCGUAGGCCACCGUCUUUUUUUUUAACAAAGAAGAAGCCAGAGGCUGCAGGUGAUGUCGACGUUCUAAUGAACCCCUUCGAAAGUUCCUCCUCGAUGUAGUUGUUCAUGGCUUCUGAUUCGGGUUGUGAUAGGGGGAAGAUUCGGCCCUUAGGUGGUGUUGUGCCUGGUAAUAGUUCGAUGGAACAGUCGCUUGAUCGGUGGGGGGGGAGUUCCAUCGCCUUGGUCUUGCUAAAAGCUUCGAUGAGGUCAGAGUAUUCAAUGGGAAGAGUGGGGAAAAGGGCCGGCUCGUCCUUUAGCGUGACGGUCUGAAUGGAGAGUGAAGGGCUGCCAGUUAAGCAGUUGGAGUGACAUGACGGGUCCCAUUUGAUGAUACGACCCUCCCUCCAUGAGAUGAGGGGAUUAUGUUGACGUAGCCAGGGGAGUCCAAGAAUAACCGGGUUAUGAGGUGAUGAGAUGACGUAGAAACGAAUUACCUCAGUGUGAAGGGUACCGGUCUGUAGUUGAAGGUCCACGGUGGUGUGCAGGACCCUCCCAUCGCCGAGAGGCCGUCCAUCUAGCGCCUCCACUGCCAAUUGAGAGUUACAGGAGAUUAAUGGGAGUUGUUGUUGUUGGGCAAACUCGUGAGACAUAAAGUUCCCGGCUGCUCCUGAGUCUAAUAGAGCUGAUGUGGAUAUAUGAUUGCCCUCUAGAGAUAAUACUAUAGGUACUUUGAUGCAAGAACUGGAAUGAUGUGCUUGAACACAAGGACUCACCGAAGAGGGAUUACGAGGAGGUGGUCUUGUGGGGCAAAACGCCCUCAGAUGGCCCGGUUGACCACAAUAGAGGCAGAGAUGUUGACGUAUGCGGCGUUCUCGUUCUUCCGGAGUCAGGUGAGUAUAUCCGAGCUGCAUGGGUUCAGUUUGAGACAGAGUGACCGGGUAUUGUGUGCUGGUGGGUACCGUUCUGAGUGGACGACGUGAACGAAUCAGAUUGUCAAUCUGAAUGGUUAGUUCGAUGAAUUGAUUCAGCGAUCUCCCUUCAUCUCGGCAGGCCAGUUCGGAUUGCAACUCCAAGCUGAGUCCCUUGCGAAAGAGCAGUUUAAGUGUGCUCUCCACCCAGUCGGUUUGAGCUGCUAGAGUGCGAAAUGUCAAAGCAUAUUCUGCUGCGGUAUUCCUGCCCUGGCUCAACGCAAGUAGUCGGUCAUCAGCUCUCAUACCUCCCUCCGGGUGUUCAAAUAUUUCCCGGAAGCGUUGAAGAAAGGUACCAAACGAUGGAAAAGCAGUGCCAUCCUCUCUCCAAACCGCCGUCACCCACUCUAACGCCUUGUCAGCGAGGAGUGAGCAUACCAAGGAAAUCUUGCUGGCAUCGGUGACAUACAUAGCUGGUUGUUGAUCAAUGAAUAAUGAACAUUGCAGUAGAAAUCCCUUACUUUUAGUUGGGUUGCCGUCGAACUUAUCAGGGAGAGCCAGACGUGGGUUAACUGUGAGUGACGGUGGUGGAGAAGCGCCCACACUCGCGUUCGGUGGAGGAGGGGCUGGGUUCGUUAGCGACACCUGCAACCUCUGUAGCGUCCUGACGAGUUCCUCUGUUACUGUAGUUAAAUGGGUUAGCUGCUGUUGAUGAAUGGCGAGUUGGUGAGCUUGAGUGGAGAUCUCCGUGGACAUCUGAACCAGAGCUGCUGGAUCGUGUGUUGGCGAAGUCUUCUGUAAUGACGCUCCAGGAGAGUGAGGAUCCAUUUGCAGUUUUAUUACAAUCUUGGUCGUACAAACAGGGUCAAUCGCCAGCAGACACAACAGUAGGGAUAAGGCAAAUCGUAAUCCAGGUACAGGCAUAAGGUCAGGGCAGGCAGCAAGCUUACAAAAAUCAGUCCAGUAAAGAAUAUAGUCCAGGGCAGGCAGCAAAGAAUCAAGGAGGGAAAAACAGUCCAGAGUAAAUCCACGGGCAGACAGACACAGGCGAAAACGCUCAGAAAUGAUCACCAGGGCUAACAAGACUUCGCAAAGAGAGAGAGUUUGAGAGCACCUAAAUAGUCUACUGAUGAGAGUCAGGUGCAACGGUAAUCAGAGCCAGGUAUGUGGGAAAUGUAGUUCAGGGGUUUAAUACUCAGGAGAGGGUUCCCUCUGGUGGUGAGCAGGAGGAACAGCGGGAGUCUCGUUUGUGACAGUAUGAAACAUUUCUGGGAUCUUUUAUUUCAGCUCAUGAAACAUGGGACCAACACGUUACAUGUUGCGUUUAUAUUUUUGGUCAGUUUAGUUGAAGACUCUUCUUUGAGUCAUAAAAGUGCAUUGAAAUUACAUAGGAACUGUGCACACUUUGGAGAAGUGUGUGGCCACUUGGAGACACCAGUUAGUCCUCUCAUUCAAACCCUUGUAAUUUUUUUGUCCUUAUGUUGCACCUAACCCUCAUUUUCCAGGAAUAUUAUUAUCAUGUUACUGAAUGUAUCCAGAGUAUUUUCAGAUUUCGUGAUUAACAAAUGCAGCGAAAGGUACAGUACCGUAUUUUCCGCACUAUAAGGCGCACCGGAGUAUAAGCCGCAGCAGCUAAAUUGAAUGAUAUUGAAUGAUGUGUACAUAUAUAAGCCGCACUGGACUAUAAGCCGCAGGUGUUUUAAUGUUUAAUUACCAUAUGUAAGGGUUCGUGCACAGAGGGGAUUGUCGGGAAAGAGAUGGAUUGUGCAUGAAAACUUCCUUUGCACAAACUGUCUCGCUCUCGUAAUGUCUCUCGUUCUGUCUCUCGUACCACUCUCGGUUCCACUUUUACUUUUGCGCACUACCUGUCUCACUCUUUUCCGGCCUCCAGCUUUUCCUGCUGGAGCCCGCCGCUUAAAGGUGGGGGGCGCGGACUGGUCAUAGAGCCCAUAGAGUUAAAGUUGGUGGACUGUAACCUGUAAAAUCCAUAGAUUUAGGAGGUCUUCUAGUGGCCGUUAGCUGUAAAAAUCCAUAGAUUAGCCGCACCGUUAUAUAAGCCGCAGGGUCGAAAAAUUUGAAAAAAGGCGCGGCUUGUAGUCCGAAAAUUACGGUAAAUGUAAAAUGCACAUAAAAUCAACAGUGUAAUAUUUGGAUUCAGUACUGUGUCAGGUGAACUGUUGUGUCCUCACCUUUGGUCUAAUAAUUUCCCCAUAAUCUCCAAGCUGUUCCAUUUCGAUUGCUACUAUGCUUAUGCAUACAGUGGGGAAAAAAAGUAUUUAGUCAGCCACCAAUUGUGCAAGUUCUCCCACUUAAAAAGAUGAGAGAGGCCUGUAAUUUUCAUCAUAGGUACACGUCAACUAUGACAGACAAAAUGAGGAAAAAAAAUCCAGAAAAUCACAUUGUAGGAUUUUUAAUGAAUUUAUUUGCAAAUUAUGGUGGAAAAUAAGUAUUUGGUCAAUAACAAAAGUUUCUCAAUACUUUGUUAUAUACCCUUUGUUGGCAAUGACACAGGUCAAACGUUUUCUGUAAGUCUUCACAAGGUUUUCACACACUGUUGCUGGUAUUUUGGCCCAUUCCUCCAUGCAGAUCUCCUCUAGAGCAGUGAUGUUUUGGGGCUGUCGCUGGGCAACACGGACUUUCAACUCCCUCCAAAGAUUUUCUAUGGGGUUGAGAUCUGGAGACUGGAUAGGCCACUCCAGGACCUUGAAAUGCUUCUUACGAAGCCACUCCUUCGUUGCCCGGGCGGUGUGUUUGGGAUCAUUGUCAUGCUGAAAGACCCAGCCACGUUUCAUCUUCAAUGCCCUUGCUGAUGGAAGGAGGUUUUCACUCAAAAUCUCACGAUACAUGGCCCCAUUCCUUCUUUCCUUUACACGGAUCAGUCGUCCUGGUCCUUUUGCAGAAAAACAGCCCCAAAGCAUGAUGUUUCCACCCCCAUGCUUCACAGUAGGUAUGGUGUUCUUUGGAUGCAACUCAGCAUUCUUUGUCCUCCAAACACGACGAGUUGAGUUUUUACCAAAAAGUUAUAUUUUGGUUUCAUCUGACCAUAUGACAUUCUCCCAAUCCUCUUCUCGAUCAUCCAAAUGCACUCUAGCAAACUUCAGAUGGGCCUGGACAUAUACUGGCUUAAGCAGGGGGACACGUCUGGCACUGCAGGAUUUGGGUCCCUGGCGGCGUAGUGUGUUACUGAUGGUAGGCUUUGUUACUUUGGUCCCAGCUCUCUGCAGGUCAUUCACUAGGUCCCCCCGUGUGGUUCUGGGAUUUUUGCACACCGUUCUUGUGAUCAUUUUGACCCCACGGGCUGAGAUCUUGCGUGGAGCCCCAGAUUGAGGGAGAUUAUCAGUGGUCUUGUAUGUCUUCCAUUUCCUAAUAAUUGCUCCCACAGUUGAUUUCUUCAAACCAAGCUGCUUACCUAUUGCAGAUUCAGUCUUCCCAGCCUGGUGCAGGUCUACAAUUUUGUUUCUGGUGUCCUUUGACAGCUCUUUGAUCUUGGCCAUAGUGGAGUUUGGAGUGUGACUGUUUGAGGUUGUGGACAGGUGUCUUUUAUACUAAUAACAAGUUCAAACAGGUGCCAUUAAUACAGGUAACGAGUGGAGGACAGAGGAGCCUCUUAAAGAAGAAGUUACAGGUCUGUGAGAGCCAGAAAUCUUGCUUGUUUGUAGGUGACCAAAUACUUAUUUUCCACCAUAAUUUGCAAAUAAAUUAAUUAAAAAUCCUACAAUGUGAUUUUCUGGAUUUUUUUUCUCUCAAUUUGUCUGUCAUAGUUGACGUGUACCUAUGAUGAAAAUUACAGGCCUCUCUCAUCUUUUUAAGUGGGAGAACUUGCACAAUUGGUGACUGACUAAAUACUUUUUUUCCCCACUGUAUGCUUUUCAUAUUUCUUAUGUAAGAAACAUUUCAAUUUAGCCGUAUCCAUAAAGACCAAUUCCCACGAGUGUAAAGGGUUAAUGACAGUGGUCAACACUUUUAUUCAAAUGGGUUAGGCGAUGUAGGGAUAGUGGUAUCUCUUUAACAAAUCAAAACACUAUUGCUAGAAAGGAACUGUUUAUUUUCCCUACAAAAUAUAUUAAAUAAAAUCAAUGACAAUGUAGGUUAUUAAUGGGCAUAAUUAAAAUAGCACCUAUAAAAUAGCACCAAAUGUAACUCUUAAAAAAACACACCAAAAAAAGCUUUCAGCCUUUGGCUGGCCGGAGGGUGGCAGGCUGAAUUUGAGAUUAGAGAAAGCCCUUGCUUUUGACUUUCAAAUGAACUCAUGGCUCGGGUGGCUUUUCAGAAGUUUGUAGCAGUCCUCUGAGUGGAGGCAACCUGCAAGAGAUGCCAAUCACAUCAUAGGCGGCAAACUCUGCUCACCCGCUGGUGGUAGGACAUCAUAGCCUCCUGCUUUAGGACGGGGGCAAAUAGCGAAAGGCACACUCUCAAAUGCUUGCUGGGUUCCUGACCGUCUCACACUAUUUAAGUAGCUCCCAAUCACCAAGCCCACGUUUUUAGGAUUUCACUCCAAUCAUGAAAAGUCUUCUGGGACAGCAGAAACGUGGCAAAAUCAUUGUGGAAAUGUGUAGAGUAUGUCCUACAUAAGGAAAAUCAGCACUAUCAGGACUUUCUUUGGUUUUAUUCAUAUGUCAUUUGAUCAGCAUUUCAUAGCAUUCUCUCUAGGGAUAAAACAUCCGUUCACUUGUUUAGACCUUUGCCAUUUUUUUUAUCAGCAAAAGGAAAUAACUUUCCUGAGCAUUUACCUGCAAAGGUUCUGCAGGUAAGCAAAGUAGGUUCUGCUUGGUGUUUAGUAUGUGAUAUCACAUCCAUUAUCAUAUUUCUAGUAGAUAGCUUUACUUUACACAGGUGUACAUUUGCACUUCCACACAGCUAACUCUGCGCUGUUGUAUUGCAGGCCUGUUUACUGUUGGGAAAUCCGAGGCCCAGGAGGAGACCAAAGGACCCGUGCUCAGGUCAGCUCUGCAUGGAAGGCGGAGCUUCAGCAAGCAUACCAGCGAGGAGGGGGACGGUCAACCACAGACCAAGAAGAAGAAGAUCGACCUGAUCUUCAAAGAUGUCCUGGAAGCUUCUCUGGAGGCCUCCAAGAGCCAGGAAACUCCCCUGAAUAGCACCUUCUCCCUGAGGCGGACCAGAGCUCAGCAUGUCAGCCACCGCUACAGCCACCCCACGCUCACCUCCCAGAGUGGGGAGUCUUAUCUGGCCCAGGAGGAAUGCAAAGUGCCAGGUCUGAGUCUCCACCCAUCAGAGCACUUAGAUGGGAGCUUUGAUGUUCGGUGUCUGAAGAUGGAGGACUCAGAAGACGAGCCUGGUCAGACUCAUGAGGGGCCUUCCACCUCGUUUUGCCUCAACUGUGUGAAGCUUAAGAGGAGGAUUCGGGAGCUGGAGGCAGAGGUGUUUCGUCUGAGGGGAGGAGAGCAGGUGGAGGUACCACCCCACCCCGAGCUGGCACCUAUAGAUGAGCAUCAAGGUAGGUCACAUAGAGAAACGGAGCAUUGUGGCAAGGGUUAUUCGGUGAGAUUGUUCCUCUGCUUUGUAGCACAACAUUUCAGAUGUUAAGUUUUCUGUACAUUCUAUAUUCACCUUCAAUUAAAAUGUGGAUGCCCCAUAUCACAAUCCUCAUCUUUAUCAGUAGAAAAGCAUGUUCAUUAUUUUGGUUAAGCUAACUAAAACUGGAUUUUUAAAAAACAACAACAAGUUGAGUUAAUUUAAUGUUAACACAACAGGGUUUAUGUGAAACAAACUGUGUGAAAUAAUUGUCACAGUGAUUACCUGCUUUAGAUUUUGCAUUGGUGAAUGUUUUUUGUGUGUAUAUUCUAGGGGAUUCAAAACAUGCUUGCACAUGUUUAUCUUUUUACUUUGUGUUAAAAUCACAUUAAAUCAAUAAAAAGCUGAUGUGUUCAUUUCAGUUGAUAUUAUUACUGUGCACCAUUGGUAUUUUAUAGAUUAAAAACAAAUAUUUAAAUGAUUAAUUUCUGGCUGGAUUUUGGAAAUCUCAGAUAUUCUGUGGAUUUUGUAGGAUAUUAGUCUGAUCAAAUUCCCUUAAUAGGAUGAAAAGCUUCAAUUGUUCUUCAGGUGUUGCGAAUGCAAAGACAUAGGUCUAUUCACAUGCAGUAUUGCAUUGCUGAGGUUGUUUUUUAUGAUAUGAAUGUUAUAUCCCUUUCUUUUCAGCAGCUGAGGCCAUGACCCCUAUUCCCGUGGUGCUGGAUGAGGAUGAUCAGGAUGUGGACUCUGCAGAUGAGUUCAUCACUGCUGACCUCAUGGUGGCUGCUGACGACUCUUCCAAGCUGUUGGCUGGGCCUGGCCGGCGGAUACGCCGCUUCAAGCAGGAAUGGCUCAAGAAGUUCUGGUUCCUGCGCUACUCGCCAACGCUCAAUGAGAUGUGGUGUCAUGUCUGUCGCCAGUACACCGUCCAGUCCUCACGCACCUCCGCCUUCAUCAUCGGCUCCAAGCAGUUCAAGAUCCACACCAUCAAGCUUCACAGCCAAAGCAACCUACAUAAGAAGUGCCUGCAGCUAUACAAGCUCCGCAUGCACCCGGAAAAGACAGAGGAGAUGUGUCGUAACAUGCUGCUACUGUUUAAUGCUACUUACCAUCUGGCCCUGGAGGGCCGGCCCUUCUCAGACCUGCAAGCUCUGGCCGAGUUGCUUAAGAAAUGUGAGCUCAAGGUAGUCGACCAGUAUAUGAACGAAAGCGAUUGCCAGAUCCUCAUCCACCAUAUCGCCAGGGCGCUUAAGGAAGACCUGGCAGAGAGGAUACGCCUGUCACCCUUCCUAAGUGUCAUCAUGGAUGGGCAGAGCGAAGACUUGUUGUCAGACACCGUUGCCGUCUAUGUGCAGUUCACCACCAGCGAGGGACCCCCUGCCACAGAGUUCCUCUCCCUGCAGAGGCUGAGCGUUGGCAGUGUGGAUGGCUACCUCCAGGCCAUUGAUCGGGCCUUUGCUGUGCUUGGUCUGAGGCUUCAGGACAUGCUGGUGGCUGGUCUGGGGGUCGAUGGCUCCAACAUCUCCUCCAGUUUGAGAGCAAAUAUGUACAUUGCUUUACGGAAGAUGCUCCCCUGGAUCCUCUGCUUGCCGGUCAUGAUCCAUCGUCCUCACCUGGAGGUGCUGGAUGCCAUCAGUGGGAAGGAGCUGUCCUGUCUGGAGGACCUGGAGAACAACCUGAAGCAGCUGCUGAGCUUCUACCGGUACUCCCCUCGCAUGAUGGCCGAGCUCAGGUCUACCGCCCCCACGCUGUCUGAGGAGACGGAGUUCCUGGGAGACAUACGAGCCGUCCGCUGGAUUAUAGGAGAGCCAAAUGUCCUGAACGCCCUUAUCAAAGAUUACUUGGAGGUGGUGGCGCACCUCAAGGAUAUUAGCAGCCAAACGCAGAGGGCAGAUGCAGCAGCCAUCGCCUUGACCCUGCUUCAGUUCCUCAUGGAUUACCAGUCUGUCAAGCUAAUAUACUUUCUCCUGGAUGUCAUCGCUGUCCUUUCACGCCUCGCUUUCAUCUUCCAGGGGGACUAUCUGCUGGUGUCUCAGGUAGAUGCCAAGAUCGAAGAGGCCAUCCAUGAGAUCGGUCAGCUGGUGGACUGCCCUGGGGAGUACCUGCAAGAGUUUGAUGAUAAUUUCCGCGAAAGCUUCAAUGGUGUAGACCAGAAGAACUUACGUGUCGCAGAGUCCAAGUUCCAAUCCAUCCGCGAAAAGAUCUGCCAGAAGAGCCAGGGCAUCUUGUCCCAGCGACUCGACAUGCACAGCCGCACGGUGGUCAAGGCGUGCCGGGUGUUCGACCUCACCACCUGGCCACGCAACAGGGAUGACUUGCGAGCCUUUGGGGAGGAAGAGAUCCUGCUCAUCUUUGACCACCUUGAAGCGAUUCCCUCUGCUGUCCGGGAGGCGUUGCAGGACAGAACUGACGCUCGGGGCAGCCUGCUGGUGGAGUGGAGAGACCUCAAAGCUGACUAUUACGGCAUGAAUGGCUUCAAGGAGGUGGUCAGUCAAAUCUCCAGGUUCAAGCAGCGCUUCCCUCUGCUUAACCGCAUCCUCCAAGUUGUCAGGGUCCUGCCCACUUCCACCGUCUGCUGUGACAAGGGCCGGGGGUCCCUGCAGAGAGUGCGCAAGAACAACUGCUCAAGGCUGACACUGGACCAGAUGAAUGACCUACUGACCCUUGCGGUCAACGGGCCACCCAUGGCCAAUUUCGAUGGCAAGCGACCAUUGGACAGCUGGUUUGAGGAGAAGUCUGGCAACAGCUUUUCACUCCCAGCCGAAAUGCUGAGUAGAAUGUUGGCUAAUGAACAAAAGUCUGUUCUGCACAGCAUG